GUUCCAUCCAAGGAGGGGCCCGGAGAGUGACAUCCUAUAAUAGAACUGGAGAAAUGUUCCAUCCUAGGAGGGGCCCGGAGAGUGACAUCUUAUAAUAGAACUGGAGAAAUGUUACAGCCUAGGAGGGGCCCGGAGAAUCACAUCUUACAAUAGUACUGGAGAAAUGUUCCAUCCUAGGAGGGGCCCGGAGAGUGACAUCUUAUAAUAGUACUGGAGAAAUGUUCCAUCCUAGGAGGGGCCCGGAGAGUGACAUCCUAUAAUAGAACUGGAGAAAUGUUCCAUCCUAGGAGGGGCCCGGAGAGUGACAUCCUAUAAUAGAACUGGAGGAAUGUUCCAGCCUAGGAGCAGCAUUUAAGGAGAAGAGUAUGCGAUCGUUCCCCUGCAGUCCCGUAUUCUAGCCUUCUGAUUUCCAGGGAGAUGGAGUUGUGUGUGCUGCUGUUCUUGGUGGUGAUCCCGGCAUCUCUAGCACAGGAAGACUUGGAGGGUAAAGUUUUCAUCUUCCCCAUAGAAGGCAGCGCAGAUCAUGUCAUUCUGAAACCUACAAUUACAAAGCCGUUGCAGAAAGUCAGCGUCUGUCUAAAUUCCUACAGUGAUCUUUCACGUCCUUACAGUCUCUUCUCUCUCGCUACUACAGAAAGUAAAAAUGCUUUUGUAUUCUUCUCAAACUCUCCAAAUCUCUAUUCUGUAACUGUAAAUGUACAACAAGUCAAUAUUAGGACAGACUCGGAUUCCUUGAACUGGAGACACAUCUGUGUGACCUGGGACUCCGACACUGGAGUGGUCCAACUUUGGGUCAAUGGAAAGCUCUACCCCAGAAAAGUCUUAUCAAAAGGGUUUUCUAUCGAUGGUGAAACCAGCAUUGUUCUGGGACAGACUCAUAAUAAUAAUAAUUAUGGGGGGAAAUUUGCUUCGUCUAUGUCAUUUGUUGGAGAAAUAAGUGACGUCCACAUGUGGGAUUUUGUCCUGACUCCAAGAGACAUCCAGAAAGUCAUCUCUGGUGACCGCUAUGGAAAUGUCAUUAGUUGGAAGUCUCUAGUCUAUGAAAUGAAAGGAGAAGUUCUUCUUCAGCCCAAACUUCAAUGCAAGUCCGGGGGGUCCGUCAGCUCAGUAUGUACACCGUGUUAUUAGUGUAUGUACAGGCAAGAUUUGUUUUGCUUUUGAAUAAAGUAGGAAAAGGUUAAAAUCAA